AUGGAAGGAGCUCAAUACCGUAAAAAUGAUAUUCCUUCAGGAGUAUCCUCUGGUGAUAAUAAGACCAAAUUUGCUGACAGUAUAAUCAAGUUUUAUUGUGCAAAAUUGCACAUUGUUAUGAUUGUGUUGGACUUAGUGAUUGGUAGUGUGGAACUGGGUGAAGGUAUCAAAAAUGGCAACCAAUGCCCGAUUCAACCCAUGAUUGGAACGUUUUUGAUUGUUCACGGAGCUGUUUCAAUUUUUUCUGGAUUAACUCUUAUGCUGGCUGUGGGGGUUGCUCACUAUGUUUAUAGACAAAGUGAAAGAACGAUUGCUCGCCCGAUCUUUUUUAUUCUUCUCAUCGUCAUAACUAUUAUCAAUCUUUUCUUUUUUGCGUGGUUUAUCGCUGGAAAUAUUUGGGUUUUCGGAGCCAGUGCUAAUGGCGUACAAAGUAGUAAUCCUACGAAUUCGGCAACAUACUGUCAAUCAGAUAUGUAUCGUGCUGCGAUUGUGCUUAUUAUAGCGAGAUAUAUCGUCGUUCCCAUCAUUAUUAUCAUUGUCAUCGUUGUGCGUUGCUGCAAGAAAACUAAAUAG